GAAAAUCCUCCUACAAACUGAAGUCCAAACUUUGGGAUCAUUUCACGUUGGAGUGAGAAUGGCGCUAGUAUCUCCUCUGUGAGUCUGUCCUAAUUCACGCAUCCAGCUUGGAUGAUGGAGAUUCUGGUCUCGCUGUUACUCCCACUCUGCUUGAUGAGCCUACGCGGGUCAGCCAUCGACACAGUGAAUGUGGUGGACUUCUGCGGUCAGACCAUUCGGGGGGAUGGCAUGAUCAUUAACUCCCACCAGGAAUCUAAAAAGUAUUACUUUGUAACAAUGGGGACCGACUGCCACCUCACCAUGCAGGCCAGCUCCCCAAAGGACAAGGUCCAGUUCCACUUUCGCUUUUUCCUUGUCUACAGUUUGUUGCGAGUAGCCCCUCUGAGCCCAGCCCCUCUGUUACCUGAGUCCCCACGUGGCUCUGCUCCUCUAAACCCCAAACUGGAGCCAACCUCAGGGGAAAGCUCAGGGGAUCCCUGUCAUGCAGGCUCUUUUGUUCAGUUUUAUGAUGGAUGGGACAGAAACGCUCCACCUCUUGGGCCUCCGCUUUGUGGAAAGAGUCCACCUCGGCCAGUGCUGUCGACAGGAAACUACCUGACCCUGCGACUUGUCACCCGGGGGACUCAGCCCAGAGUGGACUUUGUGGGGGACUUCACAUCAUUCAGACUUGGAUUCAACCAAUCAUUUUGCAGCAGUGAGCCUUACUUCACUUGCAGAAAUGGGAAGUGUAUCCCACUCAGUCUGGUGUGUGAUGAUAAGGGAAUUGACAACUGCGGGGAUGGAAGUGACCUGGAAGAAAAUCUAACAACAGGGUGUAAAGCAGGUCAACUGCUACCUCCCGAGCCACCACCGCCAAUCGCAACCCCACCUCCAUCUUUUGUAAAUCCACCCACAGUGCCAAUUCCCACACACUUCAAUUGUGGAAUUGCAGAGAGCACUCCUAGUUAUGAGUCGGUGUCGGACACUCCAGGCUCUGUCUCCUUGUUUGUUCUCUUCAUUAUCCUGGGGGUGGUGGUGGGAUUUGCAGUGCUCUGCUGGUGCUGCUGGUCCCCAGGCUGGUUCCUAUGGCGCAUAAGUAUUGUCCGCUUUUUGCCGUGCUGCAACUCGGCCUGCGCAACGUGCCAACUCUGCGCUCGCAGCUGCACUCACAGCAAGGAGCACCGCCCGGCAAAAGUCACCCCACAGUCACAGGCGAAUGGGACACCAACAGGUGUGGUAGUCACCAAUGCAGAUGAAACUCUGUCCACUGCUGCACUUUAGACAAAAUGACUGUGUUCUUGAUCCCAUUUGGCAAAAAAGACAAUUGGGUCUAGUGUGAUCAGUCAUCAGUGAUUACUGAACAUGGACACUGACUGUAUUGAGCACAGCUACCUUUUUGGGGAAAUGGUUCUAUAAAAUAGUGAAAGCAUUUGACGAGAGGAAAAACUGUUUAUGUGCUUUACAUUGAUGUGUUUAUGAGAAGCAGGGUGUAGAAUUAUGUUUGAUUGUAUUAAACUUCUGAAUCCUCAC